UUUGAUGGAAAUUUGCGGUGCAAUGACCUCAGGAUGUGGUGAAUGGAUGCAAGUUUGGAAGAGUCAGAGAGGGAGAGAGAGAAGGUGGCAAUAUUUGCCUUACCCAAAUUUGCGACACUGAUCCAAAUGUAGUCACAAUAUCAUUUGAUUGAAAUGAAAGGGUUUGUUGUUGUUGGUUUUCGACAGCUUGAAAAAUUAAAAUUAUCUAAAUUUCACUCGUCCUUAGAUAUGAAUUCAAUGGAUUGUUAUUUGCAAAUGUAAAGUCACUUGGAUCUGUAUCGGAAUUGAUAACAAUCGUAUGUAACAAUCGAGAUGAAUUGUUGCAAAGAAAGAAAGAAAGAGUUUCUUGAAAUGGAUACGGCCAACUUGAAUCAUUAGAAAGUGAAAGGAGACCAAUGUGUUAGAAUCAAAUCAUUUGUGGACGGACAUGACAACCACUUGUAUGUUGUAGAAACGACUGCAUAUUAUAUGAAAUAAAUCGUUAUGCCAACGGUAAUAUAACGUUGUCAAGGUUUCGAUUUGCUAGAUUGAAUCGCUAACUAGAUGAAUCAGGAAUCUAGGCAUUAUUUGAAAUUUGGAUAGGGAGCAGUGAAAGUAGUAGAAAACUGAGCAAAGUUGCUACGUUUGAAAAUGGUUUUAGCGUAAAUCAAAGGACGCGAAUUGGACUUAAUUACGAGCAGAAAGUGGAAAUUGAAUAUAGAUGAGAGCAGAGUUGCUUGACCUGGAGGGUGUUAUAGUUAAAUCAGAGGGCGGGGGUGGGACUACAGCCGUCUUAUUGCAGUCAAGCCGAAAAAUCUGUAGCAAUGGAGUCAACGAGGAACAGGGUGCAGACAUGAGUGUGUGCUUGGAAAGCAGCAGCUCAGUGCUUCCCAGCCAGGUGGGAAAACUGUCCUCCGAGAGUCAGAAGAAAGCGAGCGGUGGCGGGGAUUCAGAGCUACCCACUCCGACCUCAUCCACAACAGCGACAGCAGCAAACAACAAAGCAAACGUCUCGAAGUUGAUCGUCGCCGGUGCUGCAGCGCCUGUUGUCAGCUCGCCUCUCCUGCAGAAGGUCGUCAAUUCGCCUGUGAUCACCGUCGUGAAUACCCCGAUCACCGUCGUCAAGACGAUCGGCGGUCCGACCGCCUCCCAUUUCACCGUCGUCACGAGCACCGCAGCGAAGAGUGCACCAACGAUUACCCUCGUCAAUGCUCCCCCAAUAACCGUCGUGAAGGCGUCUUCCACGACCAUAGCCACACAGGAAGCGCCCAGUAAUGGCAGUCUACCGGUUGCCGCCGUCACCGAGAAGCCUUCCUCCGGUAUCCACAAUGUCUUCGUCAAGAAGACCGCACCUGCCGAGGGCGGAGCCAUCUCCGCCCCGGACAUGCCCCAGUCGCAUAAAAUCCUCACGGCAAACUCAUUCCCCACCACGAACGUAAUACCCAGCCUUGGGACAGGACCAAUAUUGAAGACGGCGAAUGGUCAACGGUCGUUAAACACCAGUAAAGUUAAGAUCUUGAGUAACGUCGUCAUGCCCGGAGGCAGCGCGAACGUCGUCCAAGGCGGAGCUGGCGUAACAGCAACGGCGGUGGGCGGAGUCGUGGGAGGCUCCGGCAACGUUUUAUUGAACAAGACCCAGCGCUACUUCCAGCCGAAAGUCGUCGGAAACGGCGCCACCAAGUACCUGAACAAACAUCAACAAGAGGGUGGCAAGAGAGUGCUGUACCCCACACACAAGAGCCACCUUAAAACGCUCACCUAUAGAACGUCAUCGUCGGCGGCGGCAGCUGCAGCAGCAGCGACGACCACAACUGCCGCCGCCGCCGCCGCUUCCACGUUCAACGUGAAGCACGUUGGACCGGGAGCGGUGCAGCGCACCGGCACUGGUCUUCGGACGAUACCGCCACAGAGAUCGACCGCCAUCGCCGCCUCACAGCUGCCACCCAACAAACCCAAUUACAUUGGAAAACACGCGGUGCAGGCGCAAAAGAUCAAACCCAAGUUGAAGACGAAGACGAUGCCGGGGAGGUCAGCCGUCGCUCAGCAGCAGCAGCAACAACAACAGCACAACAGUAGCACAUCCGAACCUUCCGCUCAGAUGAUCUUCAAUCAGGCGCUGACAGCGCAGAUACUCGAGACCCUUUCCGAUAAGGAGACCAUGCCGCCAGUUGCAGGCAACAAGGUGUAUCCCUACAUCAAUUCCAAGUACGACAACAAAUGUCAGCCGGUGGUGGAUCAUCACCAUCAUCAUCUUCAUCAGCAACACCAUCAACAUCGAGAACCGCCGACUAUUAAACCGCAGCCGCAGGAGAUCAGGGAGGCCAAGCCGCAACCGAUCAGCACCUUGGACACUCUGUCCUUCGUGUGUCAGGCGGUACUUCUGGACCAUAACUAUAAUGCAACUCUGCCGGCAGAGCCGACGCCUCCUCCGGUACCUGUAGUGCCACAGAUGAACGGCACGCAACAGUUUUCACCUGUGCAGAAUUACAACAGCGGGAUCACGGCGGUCAAACGGAAUCGAACAACGUCUCAGUCGAUGAUGCACCAGAGGGAACAGCGCGAAAGGGAAAGGGAGAGAGAAAGGGAACAGCGUGAGAGGGAAAGAGAACGAGAGCGAGAAAGGGAACGGGAACAGCGCGAGAGGGAAGAGGACGCAGCAUCCGAUAUCAGCGAGGAGAACAGGAAGCUGGAUACGGAAGGCGAAGAGACUGACACUGCACCUGAGGCGGAGGCCGCCGUCACCAACGAGGCCAACGACAGGUACGGGGAUUACGUGACGAGGUGCAUCUGCGGUUUCAUACACGACGACGGCUACAUGAUCGAGUGCGAUAAGUGCAAGGUCUGGCAGCACGUCAGGUGCGUGGUCAAGACGAAAAAAGUGCCCGACGAUUAUCUGUGCGAGGAGUGCGAUCCCAGCAAACACACGGACAGACAGAAGGCGCGAGCGUUGCAGCAGCAAUGGAUGAGGGACAUACAGGAACGCGAGGCGCGACUACGAAAGGAGCAACUAGCGAUGACGGACAGCGAUUCGUCGGACGGAGAAAGCCAGAAAAGCAGUAACAGACGAAAAGAGCCGCCGCCCAGGAGACAGCGACGAGAUUCGCUGACGAACAGGAGCACAAGGCCGACCAAGAGGAAAGAACGGAAGCUGCCGAGCAAGAGGAGCAGCAAAUCGAAGCAGCCGGUGCAAGCGAAGAGUGAUGACGAAAAAAUGCCGCAGCUACGGCAAUGGAUCGAGAACUACGAGGAGGCUGUGACGAACCACUAUUCGCCCGAGCUGCGUGCCCGAAUACAGAGCAUCAAAAACGGUGCCCAUUCGGAGCUGAGCGGUUCCGUGGAUCCAUCGGUGAACAAGUGCAAAGUGACCACCAUCCCGCCGCAGGGCGGAGUCAAGUGUUUGGUAGCGUCGGUGUCCUUGCCUCUGGGAACUCCAGUGAUAGAAUUGAGAGGCAAAUAUAUGCUGUCCACGCAGCACAGGGCGACCACGCGCCAACAACGACCCGGACCCUUCCUCUUCUUCCACACUUUCAAUAAAGACACAGAGGUGUGCGUAGACACACGCACAUACGGUAAUUGUGCGCGAUUCAUCCGCAGGUCGUGCACUCCAAACGCGGAACUGCAAUUAGUGUUGGAGAAGGGUGCCGUACAUUUGUACGUAGUGACGACGAAGAGCGUGGACAAAGGGGCGGAGCUGACGAUCCGACACGAAAGCCACGACCUGGCUGCCGCCCACAUAACGGAGGUGCCAUGCGCCUGCAUCAAUCCCGAAUAUUGCGCCCUCAUCAAAGGACACAGGCGGCACAACGGUAACAACAACGAUACACCGGAAGGACGUAAGCGAAGGGGGGCAGGCAGGCAGAGCAGGGACAGCAGCAGCAGCCUGACGUCACCUCAGCCUGCAGCACAGCCGCAACCUCAGCAGCAGCAGCAGUCUCAGCCAUCACCCAUUACGACGACGACGACGACCACCACCACAACUAUGAUAUCAUCGCAGUCUGCGACGUUGGGUCAUCAACAACAGACCAACAACCAUCAGAGAGCGGAGAUGGCCACCGUACACCACGACAUUUACGAAAUAAAAUCAAAGGUCGAAGAAGCGCGAGAGCUGGACGAUCAACAACAACAACAGUCGCCAGUAAAGGAGCAUACAAUCAAACAUCAGGAGGCACAUAGCAAGGAGCUAGAGCUUGAGCAGGCAAUCAAGGAGGAUGACAAGAUGGAAGAGGAUGAACAGGAGGAGGAGGAUGAAGAGGAAGAGGAGGACGAGCAGCAGCAGCAGAGCGGUAAAGUUGUUGUUGUGGCGGAGGUGAAGAAGAAGGAGGAGGUUAAGGUGGAACCGGAACAACCGUUUGUCGAUGAAGAUGAUGUCGAUGGUAAGGAGGAUAGUAAGGAGCUGGAGGAGGAGGAUGUCGAACAGACGCCGCCGCCGGUAACGACGCGGAGAGCAUCACGACAUGCUCAAGAACAGCACAACACCAAUCAAGAUCAUCACAACACGAGCUCGGAGAGCACGGAAGGUACAAAUAAAAAUAAGAAACCUAGCAGGGAAGAGCGAAAGUUGGCCGCGAUCAUGAAGGCAAUCGAACGCAUGGAAAAGCAGGAGCAAAGGCGGCAGGAACAUUUGGCCAAACAAGCCACGAGAAAAGAGACGGAUCAUCCACCACCGGGUCAGACUCAAACUGAGAAUACUGUAGCAGCAACUCCGGCUACCAAAGAGGAGGUGAAGGAGAGCGGCGGUGGCGGCGGCACAAAAGAUUCAUCAAAGUUGAAACGAAAGAAACGCAAGGGUCGAUCGCGAACCGCGAGCACGAACACCCGUAGGAAUCGUUUAGAUUCCGCCGAAUCGUUGCACAGCAGCGACGAAACGCUGAUGUCGCCACCCUCUGAAUCCUCGUCACCGACGAAAGCAGCAGGUCUGCUACUCGCUUUGGCCAACGGUGACGUAUCUAGAAAGUCACCAGAACGGACCAUGGAUUCCAACUCGAAUUCUGCACAUUCUUCCCCGGAGACGCCACUAUCGUCGGCUUGCCUCCUGGUGGCCGCAGCGGUAGAACCUCUGGAGCCCGGCUUCAAAUUUCCCAAGACGAAGAAGGGACUGAUGAACGAGUGGUUGAACAAGAGCGAAGUGGUGCAGUCGGCAAGCGCGAUUUCACCCUCAUCACUUACGCCACACUACUUCCCGGCGGCGAAGAGCCUGAACACGCUGGCGCAGGCAGCCACCUUCUGCGAUAAACCAAAAUCGGGGUCGGCGAAGAAACGAUGGCUGCGACAGGCUAUCAGCGAAGACCAGUGCGACAGUCCACCGCCGCAGGCCGGUGGUAACUCUUCGGAUUCUGUUGCGCCACCGAAGAAGCGACGAUUACCGAGGGAAUCUCUGUCAGCGGAAGGAUCGCCACCGAGCACCCCCACGAAUCUGGCACCGCCCCAAGUGGAAAUCGUAACGCCCAUCACCGACGACCAGGACAAUUCCAUCCUGAUGGAGUCGGACGCAACGCUCAACGAACUGGCGACGGAGAUGCGGCAGGAAUACGGCAGCUGCAUCCAAUUGCCGCGCGACGAGGAGGACACGCCUCCGCCGCAGCAGCCGACGCCACCCCCGGAACAGCCGCCACCGCCUCCACCUCCUCCACCAUUGCCGACGCAGCGCAGCAUCCUGAUGGAUCCGCGACUUGCGCCACGAUUGAACAGCGAACAGCUGGUGGGAACCGUCGAGAAGACCCUGAGUUUCCUCGGCUUCGAAGACGCAAAGAAACCGGAGGCGAUCACGCCGGCCAAACGAAAACUUUCCAUAACAGAGUACCGCCAGCGGAAGAAACAAACGAAUAACAAUGAGAAGAGCGUCGGCGAUGAGAUGUCCCUUGCGGACGAGAGCAAUUCGUCGCAAUCGCCGAAGCUGAUGAACAGGACAAGAUCGAAUAGCACGAGCAGCCUCACCUCUGCCUCCACCUCGGACGAGGAGAACAUGAUGAUGAUGAACACAACCAAUGUAACUGGUGGGGGGAACAUUGGACAGCAGAACGCGACCGUCGUCAGUCUGCUGACGUUCGCCGCACCGGAGGUCAAAGCUCUCUCCGCAUUCAACUCGGAGCCGACAGAGUUGGAAAGGCAGCGAGAAAGUGCCAGUUUGCGAUUGAAAAAAGCGCUCGGAUUAUCCGUCGACGAUGAUUCAAAGAGAACCGGUCCGAAGGACAUGCAACGAACCGCCGCUAUCUCUUCGUGCGAAGAGGAGGAGGAGGAGGAGGAGGAAGAUGAGGAAUCGCCGCCGGAUGAUAUGGACGUCCAGUUGGAUUGCGGCGCUAAGAGAAAAUCAUCCGAGCAUCACGGCACGCUAUUCAUCAUCCGUGACAACGAUACAGAAUCUGUCGCAGAUUACGAGGAUGCAAAGAGGAGAGCGCGAACGGCGGAGCUUGAAAUGCCCGAGUCGGCCGCGGCCGCUUUUUAUUCUGCAGUUACCACCGCCGCUGCCGCCACUACGACCGUUGUUGGAACAGCCUCAACCGGCGGCACAAACGAAGACGAUGUGGACGCAGAUGAAGAAGAGAAGAAGGCCGGUGAGCGGGUGGUGCCUUUUUACACGCCCGACGACGAGGAGGUCAUCGAUACGGUGGGCAGUUACGUGCCGCCCUUCAACAAUCCCGUCUAUCCGAACACCAAUUACACCACAUACGGAUCUGUUAUCGACGAUGACGCUCCGUACGAGGGGAGGAAUCCUUCGCCGCCUCCGGAUCAUGGCAACAAACCACCAACAGUGUUGUAGAAGAAGUAGGGGAAGAAGUGCGUGUUUCCGCCGUGAAGAACGAUCAUCUCAUCAUAAAAUGUGUGGUAACUAACAUGUUCUGUAUGAAAAGUUCGAUAAGACUCAAAUCAAAUUGAGAGAGAGAGAGCGAUAGAGCGAGAGAGACAAAUCAUAAUAAUAUAAGCGUUCGCGAAAGAAACGACUAAACGGAAACUGUAACGAAACAGAAUCCAAAAACGGAGCUUUAAAACAAACAAACAAACAAA